AUGCUCUGGGUGGCUCAACCAUGUAUAAUUCUUGGGCAGGUGCAUCGCAGUAUUGAGGACGACCUUGGCCGUCUUGCUGACCGAGGCUCCGCCUAUAGAGCGCAUAUGACGCAUGAAGGCUUUGGCGGUAUGCAGAUGACCCAGAAAACUACGAGAAGUCUCAUCGAACAACGUGGAAAAAGCUUGAAGAUGGAGUACGGCUGCGGAGAAGACGUUCAUUCUUUCUCCACUUGGAAGCGCUCCCGCAUGGAAGAUGACUUUGAUGUGGCUCUUGGUCAUGCUGGGAUCGUCUCGGUAGAAACAACUGCCCACAGUGAAUUUAGUCUUCCAUAA